AUGGCCGUCAAUCGCGCUCUGGAAUGCUACGACAUUCUUGCAGAGAUAUUCUCUCAUAUUAACGCAGAUUAUCACCAUCAGGCUCCCGUCGUCCCUCCCGACACCACAGCCAUUCUCAAAAAGGACCUCGUAAGCCUAGCAUGCGUUAACAGAGCAUUCUCGUCCCAUGCCCUGGACAUCCUCUGGCAGAAAAUCCCGUCAGAACGCGUAGCUCUCAGCGUUCUCCCCACCUUCAGAGCUGUCUCCGUUAUCAAAUUCAUCCCGAGCGAUGUCGCGAGUUUGAUCGCAUACUACGAAAGUCUCAAAGAAGAUGACCGCGAAUGGCAAUACACUAUUGACGGCGAAAUAUGCCCCCACGAGCUGGAACGUCUUCGCCAGUAUACGAUCCGUGUACGCGAGGUAGAGUGGAUGUUGGGGGAAGAACGGCCGGGCAUCCGCGCCCCGAUUAUCCGACUCGUUGCCGAACGACUCGGUAGUCCUCUGUUCCCAAACCUCUCGCAGUUGAUGUGGGACGGAUCCGACGUAUUGUCUUCGACUGGAGAUGUGGGCUCUGUCUUGCCGGCCACAGCUGGUACAAAUCUCCAUAACCUCACUGUGCAAUUGCCCAAGUGGUCUGAGGUUGACGAAAUCGAACAGGAACUGACAGUUAUCACUACCUGGUUUCCCUACAUCCAAGAGCUCAAUCUGCGUAUGUCUGGGUGGGAUUCAGAGUCCCCGUCUUGGAAUCCUGUUGUUGUUGCUUCGCUUAUUGCUGCGCUCAGGCAUCUCGAUACAGUCGAACUCGACAUUGAUCACCUCGACGAUGAGCUUAUAGAUGCGCUCGCGGCGUUGCCCCACUUAACAUCUGUCUUACUCGACACAUAUCAGGGUAGCCACCGUGCUCCAUUACGUGGCUCAUACAGAUGCUUCCGUGCACUACGAACAUUGGAUAUCACCGUGAAAGUGUGCAGCGAAGCGGAGACUCUUUUUCAAGCAUGCAAAUGGCCCGCACUCGAAGAUCUACGGAUACGUAUCCAUGAUGACAUCCAUCCUGGCUGGGCAUCAACAUUUUUUGAACUUGUGGCUGCCACCUUUUCCAAAGUGCCGCUCCGCACUUUGAUCAUGUCAGGCAGUUAUCCGAGGAGUUCUAUUCCCAUGGCACAUGUUUUCUCACCCUUUGGGUCCCUGUGUCUUCUGCGCUCCAUUGUGCUGCACGUCUACUCAAAGGCCACGUUCAUUGGACUACGCGAGGUUGCCCGUCACUGGCCGGAGUUGGUAGACUUCAGGCUUGGGCGGCACAGUCCACGCGAAUCGCUGCAGAUCCUGCUCGAGGUUGUGUCUGUGUGUCCCCUUCUGCGCAGCGCGCAUUUUGAUAACUUGAUGCUGCCUACGUCCGACUUGAAUCUUCAUGGCCUAUCGUCACACGACUUACGAGAAGUGGUCUUCGACAGAUCGGGGUCCCAAUCCUCGAGCGAGGAGAUCGGGCGACUCGCUGUCGUGCUAGAGUCCGUGUUUCCAAACUUGAAUGUACAAGCUCACCUGGAGGAAUCGCUAGGCAGACAACAAAAGGGCAUGUGGCCGAUGCUGCUUGAGGAGAUGGAUCGCAUACGACAGGAGAAGAACUCGUGCGAUCAACCAAUACCGUAA